AGAGGCCCUACCGCCUGCUCACUUCCUUGACUGUCCCUGCAGGAAUGAAGCCAAGUAAGAAGCCCAAGCCAGACACCGAGGCUCCCGCCGCCGCACCCACCCAGGGCCCAGAAGUCCCACUUGACGCCAGCACUACCACCAACAACACUCCCAGCGGUAGUCGAGUCUUGCCAGAUGCCUCCUCAGACAAGUCUGUAGCGGAAUCGACGCCUUCGGUUGGCACCACAACGCCGACAGCCUCUGGGACACAAACACCCCGAGCCAAGAGGUGGCUUUCAGGCUCAGGCAGCUGGCGAUCCAAGGCGCCCGCCAUAGUCAAAACCGCAAAGGAGAGCAUCGGCGUUAGCGGGGGUGCGACAGGCGAACUGCCCGACGAGGAAGCGAAGAAGCCAAGAGACGAGUCUCCCAAGAAGUUCCUCACCAAGCGGAAGUCGAGCAAGGGCGACGCCAUACCCGCCUCCAUCACCGAGGUCAACGUAUCCUCAGACGGCCCCCUAGACGAGCCGCCCAAGCCGAAGCCAAACGACGUCGAAGAGACACCAGCGCCCCAAGUCAACGAACCGCCGUUACCCCCCGAACCGCCCAAGUCACAAGUGGACGCGGCUGCUAGCACAUGGGGUUGGAGAAGCUGGUGGUCGCGGCCGGACGGCUAUGACCCGGGCAAGGCUAGAAGUGAGGCACACUCAAGUGUUGAAGAAGCCUCCACUACGCCGCUACCUGGACCGACCCCCUCAGAAGAGCCAGAUGCGCAAACGAAGGGUCUAGACGCGGGUGCCAUCCCGUCUAAGCCCGACCAAGUGGUAGAGACAGAGAAUAAGGAUGUGUCAACAGAAGCAGUUCCGCUUUCAGACACUGAGACAAAGGCUGCGCCAUCCGCAGCUGCUAAAGUUCUGGCAAGAGCAUCUGGUUCUUGGUUCUGGACAUGGAGUAGCGCGCAGAACGCGCAAGCGAACCCUCCUCCCGUCGAUCCUCCGACUGAUGAUAGUAUUACGCCCAAAGUGGAUGCUGUGCCUGAAUCUCUGCCAGAAGCACCUGCUGAGACCGAGACCCCAGCCCCGCAAGAGAGCCCCGCAACCCCAGCCCCAGCUACACCUCCCGAGACUGCUCAGAAGAAUACUACAGGGUCGUCAAAAACUUCUGCAUGGGCGUUCUGGUAUAGGGGCAAACCGGGAGAAGAAAAGAAGCCGGGCGAGGCUGGGCCACAGAAGCAUGUGGGCGAGGUGGCAGUGUUCGAUACUCCUUCGCAAUCGAACCCUGAAGCGGCGCAAUUCAACGAGCAGGAACAGCCCAAGUCAGAUGCGGAGACACCCAAGGAACCACAACAGCCACCGAAGGACGAACCAGUUCCGAAGAAAUCCUUUGCCUCGUUACGGGGACGACCAAAGCCCAAGACUCCUGCCAAAGACACGCCAGCCGACACCCCUACGUCGAGUAAGACUGCCACACCGACGAGAGCCUCACCAGUGCUCGAGCCGACGAAGCCUGAAACAGCAUCUACUGCUAAACAAGCAUCGAAGCAGUUGGCCAAGGCCAAGCAAGGUCCGCCAAACCUCUUGCUACCGGAGUUUAGAACUACCUACCAAAUGGUCCAGCAACCGAACUUCUGGAAGCAAAUCCGUCAAUACUUUCUUGGAGGCGAACCUGCGGCUCCUCACCUGCACAUCAACCCAGCACCACCGAGGAUCAAAAAGGCCGUAGCGAUUGGUGUACAUGGCUUCUUUCCUGCGCCCAUUAUACAAAAGGUGCUAGGGCAGCCGACAGGCACAUCAAUACGCUUUGCAAAUGCCGCAGCCGCAGCAAUCAAGGACUGGUCUGAAGCGCGAGGGUACAGUCCAGAGAUCGAGCAGAUAGCGUUAGAAGGCGAGGGAUUCAUUGCUGAGCGGGUCAACUCCCUAUGGAAGCUCUUGCUCAACUGGAUUGACCAUCUCAAGCAAGCUGACUUCAUCUUGGUCGCUUGCCACUCGCAGGGUGUACCAGUAGCUAUGAUGUUGGUUGCGAAGCUCAUACAGUUUGGCUGUGUCAACGCGACGAGGAUCGGAGUAUGCGCUAUGGCUGGCGUAAACAUGGGUCCGUUCAUUGAGUACAAGACAAAGUACUUCGGUCCUACAGCUGCUGAAUUGUUCGAGUUCUCGAAUCCCAAAAGUCUGGUCAGCCAGAUGUAUCUUGCCGCUCUAGACGAAGUCCUCCGGUUCGGUGUACGGAUAUUGUACGUCGGUAGCAUCGACGACCAGCUUGUCUCUCUUGAGUCGUCAACCUUCUCAACGCUUUCGCACCCUUACAUCUACCGAGCCGUCUUCGUUGAUGGUCGCAUUCAUGCACCAGACUUUCUCACCCAUCUCGUUGGCUUCGCAUUGAAACUGCGCAACCUAGGCCUUCCUGAUCACGGUCUGAUCCGCGAACUGUCGCCCGCCUUAGCAGGCUCCUUAUAUGGCGGUGAAGGUCACUCUCGUGUCUACGAAGACCCUGCCAUCUACUCCCUUGCUGUACAGCAUGCUCUCGAAACAACGUCUCUCCCUAUACCAACGACUAAAGAGCGACCAAGCACGGCCGGCAGUUUCCAGGGCAUCAACAUCCCCGUCGUUGGUGAGAAGCUCGCGAAUAACAAUAAAAAAGAAGACUUGUACAAGCUUCGUGUGAAGGACUAUGAGCCCUCUGCUACCACGACAAACCCGAAUCCUUUCUUCCUGCCAUGGGCAAUGAGAGGUUUACUAGAAGAGGAUUUUGUCAAGAAGGAACUUGGAGACGAGGUCGAGAAAUUACUCGGUAUGUUCGAGGCAUGGAAGCCGACCGGAAAACAGCUCAAAGACGUCAAGUUCAGACUCGAGGGUGUAAGGAGUAAGCUAUGAUAACUGGAUGUAUCAGCGCAUCGUGUAAUUGUAUGAUUAUAGGGGCGUUCUUCUUUUUGGCAUGGUUAGGCGUUUGGGAGGCGCUAUAUUUCUAGCCGGAAGAUACCAUGCAUCGAGAGUAGAACACAUAGCGCAUUGUCUUGAUUGGAUCGAUUUGUAAAUGUACAUAUCAUGUGACCGAGGCCUCCAUUCUCUGCUCGUAGACGCAUAGUGAUCCUUAUAGUAGUGCUCGGCAACUAGUACAUUAAUCCAAUCCGCCCGU